AUGAGAGGGAAGGUGUGGAUAACCUUCCAGAGGGACAUGCAGAUCAAGCUCCAGAAGCCACUUCUUGUGAGCAACUUCACCACCAUCGACGGUCGGGGUGCCAACGUUUACAUAGCUGGAGGUGCAUGCUUCUUGCUCUAUGGGGUGACCAACGUAAUCAUCCACAGCCUGCGGUUUCACCAUUGCCGAUCUCAGGCUCCUGGACCAGUUCUGGGCCCAGGCUCGAAGAUCAUAGAGCUGGGACAGCUUGAGGGUGAUGCAAUCCGACWGGUUGGCUCCUCCAAGAUUUGGAUCGAUCACAACACGCUCUAUGAGUGUGAGGACGGCCUCCUGGAUGUCACACGCGGAUCUACUGACAUCACUGUUUCCAACAAYUGGUUCCGGAACCAUGACAAG